AUGGCAUCUGCAAAUGCUAUUUCCACGGCCUCAAUUCUCUCCUCCCCCUCAAAACAAGGAGGAUUGAAGAAUAGGAGGGCGAACCAUUUACAGCAGGGGCAGAAGUUUAAUUGCAGGCAAUCGAAGAACCGGUUUGUGGUGAAGGGUGCAGCUAAGGAAAUUGCUUUUGACCAGAAAUCCCGGGCUGCUCUUCAGGCCGGUAUUGAUAAACUCGCCGAUGCUGUCGGUCUUACUCUCGGUCCUCGGGGGAGGAAUGUAGUAUUGGAUGAGUUUGGGGCUCCAAAGGUGGUUAAUGAUGGAGUUACCAUUGCUCGGGCUAUAGAGUUGCCCGAUGCUAUGGAGAAUGCUGGUGCUGCUUUGAUCAGGGAGGUUGCAAGCAAGACAAAUGAUUCUGCCGGUGAUGGGACAACAACUGCAUCGGUUCUUGCUCGUGAAAUUAUAAAACUCGGUCUAUUGAGUGUUACUUCUGGUGCCAACCCAGUUUCCUUGAAGAAGGGUAUUGACAAAACUGUGCAGGGCUUAGUUGAAGAGCUUGAAAAGAAAGCUAGGCCCAUUAAGGGGCGCGAUGAUAUUAAAGCCAUUGCCUCUAUCUCUGCUGGAAAUGAUGGGAUCAUUGGAACCAUGAUUGCUGAUGCAGUUGACAAGGUUGGACCGGAUGGUGUUUUAUCAAUUGAGUCAUCGUCUUCCUUUGAGACAACUGUUGACGUGGAAGAAGGAAUGGAGAUUGAUAGAGGAUACAUCUCCCCCCAGUUCGUAACCAACCCUGAGAAACUGAUUGUUGAAUUUGAGAAUGCAAGAGUAUUAGUAACGGACCAAAAGAUCUCAGCAAUUAAGGACAUCAUACCCUUGCUUGAGAAAACCACUCAGUUGCGAGCUCCUCUACUCAUUAUUGCAGAGGAUGUCACUGGAGAAGCUUUGGCUACUCUUGUUGUCAACAAGUUACGAGGGAUCCUUAAUGUUUCUGCGAUCAAAGCACCUGGUUUUGGAGAAAGGAGAAAGGCUCUUCUUCAAGAUAUUGCCAUUUUGACGGGAGCUGAGUUUCAAGCUAGUGAUUUGGGUCUGCUCGUUGAAAAUACUGAUGUCGACCAGUUGGGUAUUGCAAGAAAGAUAACCAUCUCCAAAGAUUCCACAACCCUCAUUGCUGAUGCUGCAUCAAAGGAUGAGCUACAAGCUAGGAUAGCCCAACUGAAAAAGGAGUUGGCAGAGACAGAUUCAGUUUAUGACUCCGAGAAACUUGCUGAGAGAAUUGCAAAAUUGUCUGGUGGUGUUGCGGUUAUUAAAGUUGGUGCUGCAACAGAGACUGAGCUUGAGGAUCGCAAACUUCGUAUUGAGGAUGCCAAAAAUGCUACAUUUGCUGCCAUUGAGGAAGGCAUUGUGCCUGGUGGAGGUGCUGCUUUAGUUCAUCUGUCAACUUAUGUCCCUGCAAUUAAGGACAAGCUUGAAGAUGCAGAUGAGCGACUGGGUGCUGAUAUCAUUCAAAAGGCACUAGUGGCACCUGCAUCUCUGAUUGCCCAGAAUGCUGGGAUUGAAGGCGAAGUGGUUGUGGAGAAAGUGAAGGAUAGUGAAUGGGAGGUAGGUUACAACGCUAUGACAGACAAGUAUGAGAACCUGGUAGAAGCUGGAGUGAUUGACCCGGCUAAGGUCACUAGAUGUGCUUUGCAAAACUCAGCUUCAGUUGCUGGAAUGGUUCUUACCACACAAGCCAUUGUCGUGGAGAAGCCCAAGCCUAAAACACCUGCUGCUGCUCCCCCACAAGGCCUUGCCGUUUGA